UAGCCACUAUAUACUAGUACUAGUACUGAAGGAAAAAUGGCUGGCUUACUAUCAUUUAUGUGCAAGCUAAGCAACUGAACUAUAAAGCAGGCUGCAAGUUCUGGUUCGCCUCAAAAUUCAGCAAGAAAGCAACUCUCUCAUCAAUCAUCGAUCAUGCCCAGCAUGGGUUUCAGGCUUCUCUUCGGAUUUGUCAUUCCUCUCUUCCUACAAUUCUCAUCAUCAGCGCAAUCCAAUCCAUUACAACUAGGGCUACAACAACCCUCUCCAUCAGGGCUGAGGGUUGGUUUUUACCAGUACACGUGUCCGAAUGCAGAGGCCAUUGUUCGCGACGAAAUGACCAAGAUCAUCUCCCAAGUCCCAAGCCUCGCUGGGCCUCUGCUCCGGCUGCACUUCCAUGACUGCUUUGUCAAUGGCUGUGAUGGUUCUGUUCUUCUGAAUAGCAGCAUACCGGGAGUACCAACCGAGAAGGAAGCAAUUCCGAACCUCACCUUGCGAGGCUUUGGCACGAUCGACCGUGUGAAGGCGAAGCUGGAGCGGGCCUGCCCUGGAGUGGUGUCCUGUGCUGAUAUCUUGGCUCUGGUAGCAAGGGACGUUGUUGUACUGACCAAAGGGCCUCAUUGGGAUGUUCCAACCGGGCGGAGAGACGGAAGAAUAUCAGUGAAGCAAGAUGCUCUGAACAACCUCCCUGCGCCCUUCUUUGAUGCUGGUCGGAACCUGUUCCAGUUCUUCAUCCCCAAGGGCCUCGAUGCCAAGGAUCAGAUUGUUCUGCUAGGAGGGCACACUCUGGGUACCUCGCACUGCUCGUCGUUCGCGGACCGGCUGUACAACUUCAGCGGCACGAUGACGGCGGACCCGUCGCUGGACAAGCGGUACCUGCCGCGGCUGAAGAGCAAAUGCAGCAACCCCGGCGACACGACGACGCUGGUGGAGAUGGACCCCGGCAGCUUCCGCACGUUCGACGCGAGCUACUACCGGCACGUCGCCAGAGGCCGGUCGCUCUUCUUCUCCGACCAGACGCUCAUGAACGACGCCUUCGCCAGGGCCUACGUCCAGCGCCAGGCCGCCGUGGCCGACGCCGGCGCCUACCCCGCCGAGUUCUUCGCCGACUUCGCCGCGUCCAUGGUCAAGAUGGGCGGCGUGCAGGUGCUCACCGGCGCGCAGGGGGAGGUCCGGAGGCACUGCGCCCUCGUCAACUAGCUAGCAGAUGCAUAUGCUUGUGUAUAGCUACGUUGCUUUAAUUAAAUUAUUAGAAUGAUGUGCAUGAUGAAUUGUAACUUUUGUAAGGAGGAUUAUUGGUGAUUAGUGGUCAAUUUUACUUUUCCCAUGCCAACAUGUGUAGAAAGGUUUUUCUCUUCAUGUGUUAUAAUUAAGUUUCAGAGUGUGCAUGUACCAUGUGUGGGCGUUCAUCAGUUCGUUUGUAAUAUUUUCAUGGCAUCAAAUAAACUUCUUGGUUCGUUCAAAUCCAGACAUUCAG